AAAAACAUUCCCUCAGUAACAGCAGAAGCAGCGGGAUCACUGACUCUCUAUUAUACAAUUAAACAGAGUUAAACAGGAUUAAAGUGAGUAAAACAGAGUUACAGUGGUGUUAAAGUUAUAAAUCCACUCAGUAAAUAAUAGAUUUAGUGUUUUAGUGCUCGGACAGUGAGAGAUGUCGCUCUGCAGCACAGUGAUGAAGACUCUGAUCUUCUUCACAUUUUCUCUUCAUCUUUCAUCAGCAGUCACACAUUCCAUGCAGUAUUUCUACACUGGAGUUACAUCUGGAAUAAAUUUCCCAGAAUUCACGGCUCUGGGUCAGGUGGAUGGAGGACAGUUUGUGUAUUACGACAGUAAGAUCGGGAAAAUGAUCCGAAAGACGGAGUGGAUGCAGAAGGUGACUGCUGAUGAUCCUGAUUACUGGAAGAGAAACACACAGAAUUUUCAGGGUUCUCAGGAGAUCUUUAAAGUCGGUGUGGAUACACUAAUGGAGCGCUUUAAUCAGACUACAGGAGUUCACACAGUGCAGAAGAUGUACGGCUGUGAGCUGGAUGAUGACGGGACUGUUAGAGGAUACACACAGCACGGUUAUGAUGGAGAAGAUUUCCUCAGUUUUGAUCUGAAAACUAGCACAUGGAUUGCAGCUAAACCACAAGCUGUGAUCACCAAGAACAAGUGGGAUAAUAAUCCUGGUAUGACUGUGGGUGAGAAGAACUACCUGGAUAACAUCUGUAUCGAGUGGUUAAAGAAGCAUGUGUCUUACGGCAGAGAGACUCUGGAGAGGAAAGUUCGUCCUACACCGUCACUGUUCCAGAAAGAAGCCUCUUCUCCAGAGGUGGUGUGUCACGCUACAGGUUUCUUCCCCAAAGAGGUGAUGAUCUUCUGGAAGAAGGACGGAGAGGACAUGAUUGAGGACGUGGAGCUCAGAGAGACGUUACUCAACCAGGAUGGAAGCUUCCAGAAGAGAAGCAUUCUGAAAGUCCCAGCUGAGGAGCUGCAGAAACACACCUACACCUGUGUGAUUCAGCACAGCAGCUUGGAGAAGGAUUUAGUGCUGAAUGUGAGCGAGCAACAGAUCCUGAAAGGUGGAGGAUCGAUGGCUAUCAUCAUUGGUGUAGUCGUGGCUCUCAUUGUUCUCGUUGUUGCUGUUGUUGCUGGAAUUAUGGUCUGGAAGAAGAAGAACUCUGGCUUCAAACGUGCUCCAGCCUCUGAAGAGUCUUCCUCCACCAACUCUUAAAGUGUGACUGUGUGUCUUCCUGCUGAAGUGAGAGAGAGACACCAGGAGAUGGAGAUGAGGACCACACACACACACACGCACACACACACACACACACACACACACACACAUUAUUCAGUGGGUAUCUGGGUAUGGUUUAUUUUCCUGUAAAUCUCUUGUUCUGGGUGUAAAAUGGGAUUUUUCUGAUUGUUAUAGUUUUAUUUUUAUGCUCUGUGUAAAUUCUCUGUGUAGUUUUCAUUCUUCAUCUGUGAUUUUACACACACACACACACACACCACACACACACACACACACACACACACACUGAUCUACUCAGGCUUCAGUCUUUAGUAGUGUUUUAAACAGGAGUGUGUAUCAGUUUGUUUAUUCUAAGUUUCUCAUCUGAUUUCCUGUAGAACUGAAUCAGGUUCACACGAGAGAUUUUCCUCAGCAGCUGUUUGUGUAACUGAUGGAUUUGUGUCUCAGACAGAAACUGGGUUCUUCAGAUGUGAUGAGUGUUGAACAGAUUGGACUAAAGUGUAAAAGAACAGGAGUGAAGACAGCAGAAGCAGGAGGUCAUGCUGGAGGAUCAGCACUCCGAGAUUUUAUUUUCAACACAAGAACAAAACACAAAGUCACUAAACCUCACUGAGAACUUUAUUUAUUACUGAACUCCAUUUAAAACUAAAACAAUCCAUUCAACACCUUUUCACAUCUGAACGACCUGUUUAACAAAUCUGUGUGUUUUAUUAGCUUCAGUCCCAUCAGUAAUUCUAACACAUCAUAUGGUGUGUUUCCAGACCUUUAAACACACAAACACACUCAGCACUGACUCACAAUCAGUUAUCAACCUUCAUCUGUUCUGUUCUGUUUUAAAGGGAUUAGUCUCAUAAAGACACAUUUACUGGUUUGUGUUUCUUCUGUUUAAACUUUAGCUUAAGAUUAAUUUUAAGAUGAUAAAGAUAAGACAUACAAACUGUUAUAAUAAUGCUGAAAUAAAUAAAUAAUGGUAACGUCCA